CAUCAUGUGGAGGUCAAUCGCCAUCUUAGCACUCGCGGCAGCGUGUCUCGCCCUCCCCGCUCAAGACACCAACCAUUCAGAAAAUGAUAUAGAAGGAUUCAGCGAUUGCCUCAAAAAAGACUCCACGUCAUGCCUCAAAUACAAGUUCUUUUCAUACGUUGACAAAAUGAUGGGACAAAAAGACACGUUUUCCUUAACAGAAGGUGUGACUGUUGUGCGAGCGAGUGAUGUGCCUCCAGAAACCGGUGCACCCAGAUCUUUGGAUCCUGUUGACAAAGUGAAGAAUUAUUUCAACACUCACUCAAUAAGAAUUGAAGUCAAAGGCUCUGAUGUCAUCGAUACAGUCACCAGUGUUGGUCGCGCGUUGGAAGAUACUGUGACAUCGUUUACAGAGGACAAUGACUUAUCAGACGAAGGUAGGGGCAAGAAGAAGAAAGCUGCAAAGAUCCUCGGACCAUUGUUAGGUAUAGUGAUGUUGAAAAUGAUGGCGUUGAUGCCGCUCGCGAUUGGUGCGAUAGCUCUAAUCGCCGGGAAAGCGUUGCUGAUCGGAAAGUUGGCUCUGGUGCUGUCAGCGAUAAUUGGUUUGAAGAAACUGCUGUCGCAACAGAAGCAUGUGACGUAUGAAGUUGUGGCCCAUCCUCACCAUUCGUCGAGUCACACGUCGAGCCAUGACUACGCGGGUGCGAGCGGGUACGGAGGCGAUUCUGGGGGAUACAGCAGUGGCGGAAGCGGACACGGAGGCGGUUGGGGUAGAUCGGUCGACGCGCAGAGCUUAGCGUAUGCCGCGCAAAAGCAUUAGCUUUCCUAACCUAGUUUGCCGACCCCUUUGCGAUACGAUUUCACUACGACUAUUUAUGUAUUGUGUAUAAAUGUGUGUGCGGUUGUAUUUAUUGUUGACUGAAUUGAUUCUCGUAAACCUUAUAGGUGUUUGUUGUAACUAUGAUUUUUUAUAGUAUAUUUUAUUUCGUUAUCAAAGAUUAUUAUUAUAUUAAAUAUUAGGAUAGACGAUAGUUUAUUUAUGGUUUUCCAAGCGUACCUGGCUUUAAUUAAUUUUAUUUAAGUAUUGUUUAAGAUUGUGUUCGCGCCUUUUUUGUCUGUUUUCUAAGUCAUCUUCACGGGUUCCCUUGUUUUUUGUAUGUGU